GGAAAGGUUUGAGUGGCGCGCUGGGUAGUCCUUCCUGCGCUCGGUUUCCGCGGUGGGGCACCUCAGGGUUCGCUGUUAGCGGGCGCUGCAAAAACAUAUCAAAUGCCUGCAAUGAGGCAGAUGCUGUUUUAGGAAGAAGAUUGGAAUAUAUCUCUGCUAAAGAGAACAAUCACUACGCUUAUGGCAGGGAUUUUACACUCAGUAGUUCAGAGGCCCCCAGGCAGGCUACAGACUGUGACAAAAGGUGUGGAGUCUCUCCUUGGUACAGAUUGGAUUCGUCACAAAUUUACCAAAUCAAGAAUUCCAGAUAAAGUAUUUCAGCCUUCACCAGCAGAUCAUGAAAAAUAUGGUGGGGAUCCACAGCACCCUCAUAAACUACACAUCGUUACCAGAAUAAAAAGUACAAAAAGACGUCCAUACUGGGAAAAAGAUACAAUAAAGAUGCUUGGAUUAGAAAAAGCACAUACCCCUCAAGUUCAUAAGAAUAUCCCUUCUGUGAAUGCAAAACUGAAAGUGGUUAAACAUUUGAUAAGAAUCCAGCCCCUGAAGCUGCCACAAGGACUUCCAACAGAAGAGAAUAUGUCUUCCACAUGCCUCAAGAGCACUGGGGAGUUAGUAGUGCAGUGGCAUCUAAAGCCUGUGGAGUAGGAAGCAGUUAAGUCCUGACACCAUUGCAGCAUCAGAUUAAAAAGUGCAAAUUAUUUUUAUUUAAAGUUGGUGAGAAAAUGUUUUCAUUAAAAUCUUUAAAAUGUA